CUAUAAAUGCGAUUACAGUAUUGCAAUUUAAACAUGGCGCAGUCUUUAUGUUGUGAAAUGUCUACAUUAUUCAUACUUUAUUUUGUUAUACGUAUGUUAACGGAGGAUAUGAAACGAAAGUUCAGAGAGAAUUGUGAAACAUAAAAUGGACAAAAUCUGUUACUAUCUACGACAUGGACUUUGGAGUGUUGUUACAGGGCUUCUUCGUGAAGACGAACCUGUUGAUCCACAAAAGAAGGCUUUUGCGGUGCAGUUACUUUGGUCUGCUGCUGGUGACCCUCACAAUAAACGCUUUUCAUCUCGAAUUGUUAGGUGUCCUUGGCAUCAAAGCUGGCUGGCUGUAAUACUUAUUCAGACCAUAAAACCAUUUAUCAUGGAUGGAAAUAUUGUGACAAUGAACGAAGUGGAAGUUAUGAAGAAAGAAACAGAAUUUCAGUGUAUUCUAUACAGUUUACCAGAAGCUGCAUCAUACUAUAACAUUCUUGAGGAACUGUUUCAUCAUUAUGGUCAGGUUAUUAGAGCAGAUUGUGUGAAAUCUCUGGUACAGGGUCUGUCAGAAGAGACACACAACUUCAUACGCAACAGCUUCUUGCUAGACCCAGUGACUACAAAUGCCGUAAUUCAGCAUUUGUUGUGUGUGUGGUGUCCUCAUUUCUUGCAAGUAGAUUGUGAAUUGCAGAACAUUUACACCGAAGCUCUUCACUUGUGUAUGCUGGAAAUGGAGAACAGGAACAGUGGAAUGAGUAUAAAAACAUCUCAUGUAUUAGAUGUCUUCGGAGCUCCCAUAUAUGACCAGAGUACGGAAGAUCUGUGCAACACACUGCUGUGCAUUAUUUCUUUGCUUGAAAUGUCGGAAGACAAAGAAGAAAAUCUUGUUGAACGUUUCUAUCCUCGAUUGUUGGAUGUGUGUGAAUCAGGACUUGUUUCACGACAACUCUUGUUUCUGGGUGUUUUAUCACGGAGAAAGCUUAAACUGGCAAAACUGCUCAUGAAACUGGAAGAUGAUAGGUAUGAGAGACAGAGUACUGUCAGUGAUACACUGGGUCUCCAGAAAAUCUCUACCAAGUUCUUAGAUUCGUUUGGGAAUAUACAAAUUGAAGAAAUGUUCCUGCGCCUUGUGAAACAAGAAAAGCAUUGGAUUGAAGAUAUUGUGGAUAUAUGCAGUCACCUCCUGAUGUGCGGUAAAACUGAAGCAGUGAAAAAGUUUUUGUUACAUCAUACAAUGAGUAAAUUGUGGCCAUUCAUAUUGAUUCAUGUAUGGAAGAAUUUCUCUGACAGAGAUGAAAUAUUUGCCGUCUUGAGCUUUCUCCUUGAACAGUGCAAGAAGGGCUUGAAUGAUCCAGUGUUUUCAUCCUUAUGCUCUGUUGUGGACCAGCAAAUAUUGGUAGUGAAAUGGUGUAAGGAUCAUGGUCAUAGAUAUUCUUUGAACAACAGAGACUUUCUAGAGCUGACAAUGGAACACAGUACCCUAGAGGUGUUGCGGAGAACUGCAGGUUUGGAGGAUUUAGAGUUGAAUGAAGCCAGGAUGUUACUGCUUUCGAAUAAUGAUCAAGGUUUUCCAAAUAUAAAUAAAGUACAUGGCACAAUAAAUGAAGUUGGAAAUAAUUCUUGGGAGCUCAAAACGUUUGAUGGUUUUUGUGUCUUGAGGAAGGCUUUUGCCAUUUUUCAAGCAUCGGUGGAAAUUGAACGUCUGAGCAAGAAAAUGUACAGGUCUAGUUCAUUUUCAUCAAAAAGUGAUGUCUCAUUGACAUCAACGAUUCCUGUUGUGCCAGCUUAUUUUAUACAUAACUAUCCAUCAGUCAUUCUGAGACAUCCGUCAUUGGAAACAGAACAUGGCACUUCAAAUCCAGUUACAGUAGAAACAUUGUACAAAGACAGAAUAACAAAAGAGCUGCAGGAAAUUAAAACCAUGUUGUGCCACUUGUUCCCUCUAAACUUUAGGGUUGAAAUUCUGGAAAAUAUAUUUUCAUUACUAUUUUUGAGAUAUGAGGACCUUCAAGAAGAGGCUUCCUCAGACAGUGGUGCAGAUGAUGACGAUGGGGAUCAUGAACAAACUCUUCCUGAAUCAGAAAUUACUUCCAAAUUAAUUGGCAGUACAGGUUAUAAACAUUUUAAAGAAACUGAAGUAACUCACAGCAUGACCAAUUUCCAGCAAAUAGGCGAUGUAUCUUCUUCAUUACGGACGAUGCCUGUAAUUGAAGCUCAUGUGUCUGGGUCUCCGUCACAGGAACUUUCAGAUAUGUUGCCUGCUGAAGCUCAGCAUCAGUGUUAUCUUCAUAAAACAUAUGACACAUCUGCAAAUAGUCCUACUACAUCUCCUCUACAAGUCAUGGAAAUGUUAUCUCCUUCCAAAAUAUCUGAUGAAUCACGUGAAAACAUCUCUAGGCAACGAACAGGUACAAAGAAAUGUUCAUCACCACAGUUGGGUCAGUUUAAUAAAUUCUCAAGUUUGCCAGCAGGAUAUGUAUCCAAUGCCAAACAUAGUUCAGUACCAAACAUGUACAGUACAGCAAAGGUACACACUGUUCAGUCUGUUCGGUCAGCAUCAUUAUCUUCAGAUAUGAAUUCUGACAUUUCACAGUUACAUGGAGACAUUAAUCAGUUUUCAAAGCCACCAGAGCGAAGAAAAUCGACAAAAAGCAAUUGUUCUGAAAAUACUAGUGUUCAAAGUGGAGUGAGCAAUAUGACAAUAAAGGGAACUAAUCAGGGAUUUAUAUGUAAUCGGUACCUGGUACGUGAUUUACUACACUGCCUGAAGGAAUGCUUGGUGGAAACAAGUGCUGCAUUCUACAGCUCCCUAUCUAUUCAUACUGCAAAUUUAAAGAAAGUUGAAGUUGUGUCAUCUGUUCAACCAGAAUUACUUCAGCAACAUAUGAACAGACUCUCUGUGUGUGUAAGUGAAGCUGCAUGGCGGCUGCAGCUUUUCACAGACGCAGAAUUUGCGCAGCAAAUUGGUCACAUCUCUGUUCCGGAGCGCAUUUCAAGUGUCAGUGACACGGAGGACGACUGGCUGUACCACAGUGAGGAGAGUGAGAGCGAAGAUGAAAAGGAGGCUGGAGGACCUUCUGCUUCCAUCUGUGGUGUAGGAUGCGGCAAGGCACAGAAACCAGCAAGCAAGAGAUCAAGGUCUGAGACUGAGAAGUCAAGUGAAUCUGGUUCACAGUCCAACAAGUCAAGAGGUGGCGCUGUGACAUCGGCAUCAAGUCAUCACAAGGUGCGCUGGAAUAAGUGUAUGCUGAAACACGGUUCUUUUCUUUCAUUACCAACUGGAAUUAUCAACUUGAUGUUAUCAUCGCAGAGUAGUUUGGCUGUGAGGUGUCUCAUUUAUGGAGAACUUCCCAAAGCAAAGCAAGUCAUUAAGAUGUUUGAAGAGAAUGAUAAUCCACUUGCUUUGGAAGUGACGUUUAUAGAAGCUUACCAGACUCUGCUGAACAAGUUAAGAUACUAUGUUGAAAGCAGCCAAACAGAUUCACAACAAACAGUGAUGUCAGUGCCACCAGGAAAGAAGACAUCUACUUUGGAAAGUAUAAAGAAAGCAGCAAGGGCUGGAAUGCAGUCUACUUCAUUGACGAAUCAAAUAGAGACAUUUUUAUCCGUCACGCCUAUUCCUGACAUACAGGGAGCUGAUAAAGUUGUAACAGAGUAUCCUCAUGAAGCUGCCAUGCUGGAGGGUGUUGAAAAUUCUGCUGCAAUGACAGCACUAGACUUGGCACUAACCGUCGGCGCGACGUACGAGCAUUCGGCAAGUCUGUUGGAUGCGGCGUGUAAACGCUGCGAUGUCCUACGGAAGGUUCAAAGCUCUGCAGAUGCAGACAGCACAAAAAGUCGAAACAGACACGUUGUUCCAGGUUAUAUCUGGUUCACAAGGCGCAUAAUCAAACUUUUGAAAGAGGCAAACAAAUCUCAGUCUUCCAGCAACAUUUUUUCUUCCACUACUUCCCUCUGUGAUCUUCUCAGCUCAGAAUACCUUCCAUUGUCACUGAAAACGAUGAAGGAUCAUAUUACAUUCUGGAACAGUUUGCAUGAUGUGGUAGUUGAAUUUCAGGAAACUGUAGACACCGCACUGAGUGGUUCCUCAUCACGUGUGGGAGUUGCUUCCAUGUCCAGUGAUGGCUGCACUGUGAAAUCACAUGUUGUUUUCAGGAGACUACUGAAGAUUUGCAAAGGCCGACCAGUUGAUGAAAGAACCAGUGGAAAUUACAUAGACUAUCUUCAACAAGUGUAUACAUAUCUCAAGUUGGUCACAUCUUUACUUCAGCAGAAUCAUCCCUCAGAAACAGCGCAACAUUGUGGACUGGCAAGACCUGUGAAAUAUUUUGAUCUUUUUAACAGUAGCCUGAUGGUAUUACUGGGUCAGCUGGUGUUUGAAUGUGAUGUUUCUCCGUCAUACUUGGAGCCUGUAGCCAAGAAGUUGAAACUGAAUCUAGUGUACAACGUUAUCAGCAAUUGUUGCCCAAAAAUUCCUAAUUCACUUUUAAGUGAUACACCAAAUUUUAAAAGUGGAUGUGAGCUGAACUGGGGAAGGAUUGUCUUAAAUGCUUCAGGACAGUGGAGUGGACCAAUUCGACAUCCAGAAGUUGCUGUCAGAUCUUUGCUGGUUGAUGUUCUUCGCACAGUUCAAGAACAGAGUGAAAGUUUUAUGGACAAAGACAAAAAUAUUUUAAAUCAGCUACAUUUAUGUGCUUUGGCUGAAAAUCUUACUGUGAAGACUAUUUUGGCAGACACAUGUGAACUCGGUGUAAUCGAUCUAGACCUUCUUGUGCCGGGUGAUGAAACCCUUGCGUUUUAUACCAAUUUGGCUAAUCUUAUGUGGAUUCACAGCCUUCUGUUCUUAGAAGCAAGUCCUCCUCAGUCCACAGAUCUUUCAGUCCUAUUAGAAAGGAUGAAAGAUCGUAGUGUUGUGAGCGCUUCUGUUUCUGAUCAGUGUUGGACUACAAACUUUGGCCUCGUUUCUUCACACUCGUUGGAAAGACAAGUUGCUCGGAUGAGCAUUGGUUACAAUGUUGGAAAACUAGGUUUUAUUUCACUUCAAGAACUUUAUAAGCAGUUGCAGGGUGAAUUGACUUUCCCAUCUGCGUCGUCGUUAAAGAAUUGUUCUUUUCUGGGAAAAGUUCUAAGGGGUAAUACCUUCUUGUUAGAUUCGUCAUCAGUUGAUCCUAGAGUUUUAUUUGUGUUGCUAAACGGACAAAAGCAGUCGCCAAAAAUACAGGUGUUGUUUGCUGAAAGUGUGGACGUUCAGUUAGACGGAAGCAUGACAGAAUUCUUGGACCACAGCGUGAAAUUUGAUAGUAAAUCUCAACAGUUGGUCAUUCCUGAACUACUACACUUCUAUCUGGACUAUGUGCAGCUGAAUCAGGAACCAGAGAGCCACUCUGCUGUUCCGGCCUUCACGAAUGUGAAGACACCCCACCAUUUUUAUGUAGAACAAGAUGAUGAUCAAAUAAGCACUUUCUACAGCAGAGAGCGACUUACUCAGCUGGUUGAUUUCCUACGUGAUAAUACCAGCGGACAGCUGCAGAUUGAGAUUACCAAGUUUGCUAGUGCUCUUUCAGACCCACAGACACACACUCCAGGGACAAUUGUGAAAGUAGAGAAGUUUAUGAAUGAGUUCAGCAUCUUGCUGGAUUAUAGUAGAUUUGAAGAUGGUACCAGUGUUACUGCUGUCAAGUCCAAUGAAAAUUGUGAUUUUUCUGAAGAUACGUGGAAACACAGAGUAGUUCAAGAUUCUGUUCUAAAAUUCUUGGAGUGCCACUGUUGGAUGUUAUCAGUGUUGGUGCGAAGGGUUCAUCAGGAAAAGGCUCUUCAUGCUUCACCAGUAAAUGAAACUCCAUCACAUAAAAUGAUUGACGAGAGGAUUAAGUGCCUUGAACAGCUGUUCAGAUCAAAGUGGGUGGAUGUAUUAAAGCCAGUUUUUCAGAAUAACCUAAUUGUUGCCGCACUGCAUUCAAAACCUGAUAUGACAGAGCUCUGGUGUUUGCUUGAUCAGCUCGUAAAGAAGCGAGAAUGGCGGCAGUGUGCUGAGAUAUUGUGGGCACUUCCUGAAACAGAACUGCAGAAUGACCCAAAACUACAAACAUUUCAUGAUGUAGUCAUGUAUGAACUAGCCUCGAAAUUACCAGAUGAAGGAAGGUUCAGUCCGUGGUGGUACUGUCAGCAUAUAGGAGAUUUGUCUGUCCAGGCACAGUGCUUGUUACUGCAUCUACCUCGGUGGCCAGGUCGAGGAUGUCGGGAUGCUCUCAAGGUCGUGUUGGGGCAUCACCAUCAGAAACUUUCUACAGAACUUAAAUUACAGCUGCAAGAGAUGCUGCAUAAAAUAACCAUCUAUGAAAAGAUUGUGCCCUUUGCUGAAUCUGCUGGUAUGAACACUUGGUUUGAUGUCAGCUGUACAUCAGAGAAAAAUCCUGGUCUCAUUCUGGAGCUCUUGAUGGAAGCUAAGGAAUUUCAGAUUUGCCUUGAGUGGGCAAAAUUACAAAACAUUGCCACACGAGCACAGCACCUUGUUGACUUCAAGUUUCUUCUCCUUUUCUUGGAGCAUGAUUCUUCAGAUUUCUCAUCUGCUACAAAGCUGUUGGAGUCUUUACCAAUCCAUCAAACUGUUGCCAUCUGUAAUGAACUUAUUCAACAACUAAGAUCAGUUUUAUGUCUGAAGUUUAUAACCACAUUUAUCGUGAAUUCUUGUUCUUCAUAUUUAUCCUCUGAACAAUUAGAUGACUACCAAAACUUAUCUAUAGGCAUUCAAAUGAUGGCGGUUAUACCAUAUGUAGAUCAGGUCCAUCACUGGGACCUGAUUUGGAAACCACAUUUGAUUGUGGAGCAGUUCAUCAUGAACACACGACUGGAGAUGUUAGAAAAAAUGAUUUCAGAAGUUUGCCCGCUCUUAGCUCGGCUUCCUGCUACUUCUCCAGUGUCUUUGAGCAGUAUUGACACCAUGCUAAGGCACUACGCCAGCAAAGCUCUGGAUUUCAGAGUUGUUCGGAAUCCAGCACCUUGUCAAUCUUUUCCUUAUGAGGAGAAACUAUUAGUUUCUCUGUCAUUAGGAUCUACGCACAGUAAGGAGUUUUUAAUGCCAGCAGUAGUUCCAUCAAAGAAUGAAUGGGUGCCAAAUGAUGAGAUUACUGAAUGCAUGUGUUGCCAGUCUGUGGCUUUUUCUAUGUUUAAUCGACGACAUCACUGCAGGAGAUGUGGUCGUGUUAUCUGCGGAUCAUGUUCCACUCAAAGGAUGAAGGUUGUGGGGUAUGGCACUGUAGCAGUUAGGGUAUGUGAUGAUUGUCAUUGUGAGGUGGAAAAUGAUUCAGAACAGGUGACAAGUCUCACAUUAGGUGACGAUCAGCUUCCAUUCUCACUGAAUUUCGAAGAUUCAGUAAAUUCUACUUUGACGUGGAAGCUGACAUCAGACGAAGCCUACAAUACUACCCUUCGAGAAGAAUUUGGCUUUGAGCAUGCACCAAGUGUUUCUCUCUGCUUGGCUAUUCUUAAGCUUCAUUCAGAACACGUGGCAUAUCCGAGGUUUCUGUUGGAUGCUUGUCAUCAAAUGCUGCGACUCUUGCAACCAGUGGGCCCAAGCAUGGCAAAUCCUGAAGUGGACUACAGCCUCGUCAUAAGGAUGGUUAGGUCUCUUGUUGUGGCUGCUAAGGUGAAGCAUGCUAGAUCUGGCCUGAACACUGGAGUUGCUCAUUGUGACCAACUGUUGAGUCAGGUGGACCUGCUCAACAUGCUGGUGAAAAGUGGUUGCUCUGCCCUUAUCCCAGCAGAACCCCUGAAUGGCCAUGCAUUGCGGCGCCUGCGCGAUCGCUUGGUGGAAGAGGAGCUCUGGAUGCUUGCCAUGGAGGUGUCUACAAAGAGUGGCCUUGAGCGGACUGGAGUGUGGGCAGCGUGGGGCAAAGCAUGUUUAAGGGCAGGCUGUUGGGAUGAGGCACGUGAUAAGUUUUCCCAUUGCCUUGAAAAAGUGGCGCUCGGACCGGACUCGGCCCGUCCUCUUCGAAGCCCGCCGUUGCUCAUGGAGAUAGUGCAGAUAUUGGAGGAGGGGGCAUACACAGUAGAUCGCAAGGUGAUACAGGAAGCUGAUAAGAUUCGAGCUUCAAGCACUGUACCUGCUGCACUUCUCUCAUCACCAGCCCUAACUGUACUUCAUACCUUGUCAUCACUGAAGGAAAUUGCUCAUGGGAAUUAUCCCCAAGCAACACCACCAUUGAACCCUCUUGUGAUCGGUCCAAAAUUAGAUCCCUUAUUUUAUGAAGAGUGUUGUUAUUAUCUUUCAUCAUAUGGGAGUCAUGCGGGAAUCAUCAGUUUCUACCUCAGUCAUGAUGAUCUGUUAGCAGCUUUGAAACAUGUUCUCUCACAGAAAGUGGAUCCAGAGAUAUUUCUUGAAAUGAUAUACAUACCCUGUUUACGCCAAGGUCUCGUCUCAGAUCUGUAUCAUGAGCUAUCAACUGUUGAUCCAACACUUGGAGUAUGGAAGGUGUACUUGUGCCACAUAUGUCGUUAUUUUGAGAAACAAGGCUUGUUAAAUCUGCUGUACCAGUUACAGCUUCAUAUGCUUGAUCAUGUUCGAGCAGCAAUGACUUGCAUACGAUUCUAUCAGAAGGGAGCAAGAAGCUACAGCGACUUGGCUGCUAAUCUAGGGCAUCUCCAUGCAGCUCAGAGCCACUUAGAAAAUGAACUUUUAACAGCUCAGUGGGGACCCAGCACAAGAUCUUCACCAGUAAGGACAAUGGAUGGUACUUUGCAGUUGGCAAUGAAGCUGGAUCCAAAGGAAGUGAAUCACCAUUUAAGUACUAUCUUGCGACAAGUGGAGGUGACGAAGUUCUUGCACAGUUGUGAGAUAGAACAGCGUCAUGUCAUAGAAUUAAUACCAGAAUUGCUUAAAACUUUGCAAUCAAGUGCGGUCCCUAGCGCCAAACGUACGUUACCUUCAGUUCCAACAUUAUUUGGAUCCAACAUGGAACGUGUGCAGCUUGCAGUGUUAGCUAUUCUUUGUGGGAAAAAUGUUGAGGAAGGUUUUGGCCUAGCUUUCAGGAUUAUUGAGGACUACCGUUUGAAAUCGUCAGAGAUUUACAGCUUAGCAGGGAAGAAGUUGGCAUGUGACUAUCGCCUCACAGAUAUAGAGCAGCUCAUAUCUUGCAUCCAGAACUCAGGAGUGCCUGAUACCAGUUCUGUAUGUGACAGUGUUCUUGUCCUGUGUGUGCAAGUCCUGGCUGAGAAACAGGAGCCAGUAGAUGUGGAGCCUUUGGUCAGAUUAAUUGUUGAUACAGGAAACAAGGUGUCAGCAUACAUCAAGUGCCGACAGUUGAAGACUGCAUACUUACUGGCAGUGAAAUACAGUCGUCUGGAAGAUGUGCGCAGAAUACUGCAUGAAGCUGAGAAACUUGGACAAAUGAAAAUACAACAGAUUUGCCUCAAAAGAUUGGGUCAGAAGCAAACUGAAACAUGAGAACUUCUGAAUUAAUGUCUUGCGUAACUCUGCAUUGUGCACGUUGAUAUGUUUAUGUGUGUGUGCAUACAUGAAAUGUAGUGUUUUAUAAAGUUGUCUUUUAAACAAUUUGCAAUAGAGUCUCAAUUAUCUGACCUGAAUGGGACGAAAGGACAGUCAGAAAAAAGAAGAAGAAAGAGGACUAACGAAAAAGACGAGGGUAGAUAUUACAUCAGUAUAUAACUCAACUUACAAUAUUAUUUAAUUAAGAAGAAAAUACGAUAUGGCAUCAAAAUCUCACAAACAAUUAUUAUUUAAUGUAAAUAUGUAAAUUAAAGAGUUUAUUUUUUAGGAAAUUAGUAAUGUGCUUCUGAGCUUUCUUCCUAGUCUUUGUGGCAAGAUCAUGCCAGCAACCGAAUACUAGAAUGUAGCAGCUGAGUACGUAAGAUGUAGAAAGUACAAGGUGGGGGAAUGCGAUUUAUUCCUCUACAUGUAGAGUUCACUGUUGGUAAAAUUGAGCUUUCUGUCACGUACAUUGGAUAAAUGGAGUGUUGGAUAACCGAAGGUCAGAUAAUCGGGACUGUAUAUAGUUCUUACAUAUUUGGUAAGGGUGGACUGACCUUUUUUAAAGAAGUGAUAAUCACAUGAAAAUACUGUAGACUGAUGAGUCCCUUUAAUUAACCUUUAUUGGCCAUGUGUUGCGAUAGCAUACCAGCAAACUGUUAAACUGUGGGAUUGAAGUUCAACUGGGGGCCCUGUCAUGUGUUUCACACCUCAUACUCUUGUACGGUAGAAACUAAUUACUCCACUUCUGGAAUCUUCUAAAAGCUUCUAAGUAUUCUUCACUUCAAGACAAAUUUAUUUACGUUUUAAAGCUCUGUAACCCAGUGCUGUGAAAAUUAAUAUAAAUGAUUUAGUAAUGUUUUACUGCAUGAUACUUCACAAAAUGAAAAUCUGUUUGCACUGGAAGAACUUGUGCCCGCUGAAGUCUGUGGACAGUUUCCUUGCAGUGUUCUGUUUAAGUCCCUUUAUUACUAAGUAGGACUUAAGGUUUUCCAGUGGUGAGUCCAAGGACAGCCGUCUUCCCUUUAUCACUAGUUCUCUGGAGGCUGACAAGCGGACUUGGUUAACUGAAACCCAGUUCAGCCCCAAUUCUGCAACAUAUCAAUGGGUAUGGGCACUUACGCUAUCAGCGAUACUUCAGGUUCGGCAGCUGAGGUUCAGUUCCCAGUGAGAUGAUUUUUUAAUCACUAUGACUAAUGUCCUUGGAACCUCUCAACUUUCAUUUAUUUUUUAACCUUACUGGAAACUGAGCUUUUUUACGGUUUUGUUGUAACCGUCUACAGUGUACUAUGAAGGCGAUGUUAAGUGCUCUUAUUAAUGUAACAUGCCUUAGCUUCAUCAUACACUGUGACAUUGUCAUCAGUUCAUGGAACCACUGAGUAAGUAAACAGUUUGAAUUUGAAAAUGCUAUUUGAUCAUGUGUGCCGAUUGCAAAUGACAGUAAUAUUCAGUAGAUCAUCAUUUGUAUUUCAGAUCUAAAGAAAACCUAUAUUUAACAGAAUAAGAGCUUAUUUAUACUACUGCUUCUGUGUGAGAUGAUUACACUUUGUGUGGGUUGUCCGUCUAUUUAUACUACUAUACAUACUUGUGUGAUAUUCCAGCCUUAUAUGAAAAUAUGAAAUGUGUCCAUUUUCUGUAGAUAUGUAAAAGUGCUUUGCUUGUUACAAAAGCCAGCUGACAAACAGUUUUUGCCUCUUUGUAUAUGAUUUCAUAGAUGUUAUGACAUGUAAAGGCUAGUGAAAUGGA